CCCGUCAUGUUCCGCCGAGCGCUGCUGGGCCGCCUGCCGCCCCGCAUGUUGCCGCUCGUGGCCGUAGCCCUCCUCGAAGGGAAGGAAAGGAAAGAAACUGGCCUCUGUCGCUGGCGGUGUGAGAAGCACCCUUACUACAAUCUUACCGUAAAAAUCCUCAGAGCCAGGAAUAUUAAAGGAACAGAUUUAUUAUCCAAAGCUGACUGUUACGUGGAAUUGCGUCUACCAACUGCAUCACCUGUUAUUUACCGAACUCGAGUUAUUGACAACUCCAGUGAUCCGGAAUGGAAUGAAACUUUUCAGUACAGGAUACAUGAUGCAAUCAAAAACACACUUGAACUGACUCUGUUUGAUGAAGAUGUUCUUAUAAGCGAUGAACUUACUUCCGUCGUGUUUGAUGUUACAGGGAUUGAGGAAGGCCAUUUGCUGAAAAACACUUUCAAGCUAAAAGAGGAUAAGGAAGAACUGGAUGUAGAAUUUUUUAUGGAGAAAAGUUCUGAUGCUCCUGGUGAAGUUAUCACAAAUGGAGUCCUUGUGGCUUGUCCUUGCCUUUACCUGCAAGGGACAAUUAACAAAGAUCAGAAUACAAAGGUGAGAGAACAAGGUAGCAGUCAAUUCAGGCUUUCACUUCCGGGAUCUUAUGAGAAGCAGUUAAGCAAGCCAUGCAAGCCAGACUCCAAUCAGACCUGUGGGAUCCCAUUUGUCUUUCACAUAGGGAAAGAGAUGUGCUCAGAACUGAGUGUGGAGCUGGAAAGAACUAUUACAGUUCUUCAGGAUGGAGUGAGUCCUGACUUUGAAAAACACAGUACUGUUCUUGGAUCAGGGACUGUUCCAUUUCAUUCACUAUCUCUGGGAAAGGAAGUGGACAUAACUGUACCACUUGGAAAGGGACUAAGUGUGGAUCUAAAGGUGAAAGCUGAAGAAAUGACAAAGGAUCUUGAUGUACGUCUUGGUUUUGACCUUUGUAAAGAAGAGCGAGAAUUUUUGGAAAAAAGGAAGAAAAUUGUAUCUCAGGCACUAAAGAACACACUCAAAUUGAGAGAAGACCCCAAUAAAGAUAAGGUGCCUGUUGUGGCAGUCCUAGGAUCUGGGGGAGGGAUAAGAGCACUGUCAUCAUUUUAUGGAAGUUUGCUUGGUCUUCAGCAGCUAAAUCUUCUGGAUUGUAUUACGUAUCUUUCUGGGAUUUCUGGCUCUACAUGGUGUUUAUCAGUGUUGUAUCAAGACCAUGAAUGGUCACAGAAAGACCUCAAGGGUCCAAUCAGCAAUGCCCAGGAUAAAAUAUCCAGCAGUAAAGUAGCAGCUUUCUCCUCAGAGCACAUGAAGUACUACUUCCAGGAACUGAACACUAUGGAAAAUGCUGGACGGAAAGUAUCUUUCACUGAUCUGUGGGGCCUUAUUGUUGAGUACUUCCUGCAACAGAAGGAAGACCAGUCAAAAUUGUCUGACCAGCAGGAAGCUGUGAAAUAUGGGCAGAAUCCCUACCCAAUCUAUGCAGCUGUUAAUGUGAGACCCAAUGUUCGUGGUGAUGACUUUGCAGAGUGGUGUGAGUUCACACCAUAUGAGGUUGGAUUCCGCAAAUAUGGUGCUUUUGUUCGAACAGAAGACUUUGAUAGUGAGUUUUUCAUGGGGCGACUGAUUAAGAAGCAUCCUGAGCCCCGGAUCUGCUACUUGCAGGGGAUGUGGGGCAGUGCCUUUGCUGCCAGUCUGGAUGAUGUCUUUCUGAAGGUAGUUGGCUCAGGAUUCAGCUUUCUAGAAUCAUUGGGUGAUGUUGUCAAAAUAAUUGAUGACUGUCGACGAUUCCAUUUCCGUGAUCCAAUGAGGUUGAAGACUCGUCUGGUUAUACCAGGUGGACCCUUACUACAAAUUUUUCAGGACUUCUUCAAGUCUCGUGUAACUGCUGGUGAAACGUUUAAUUUCAUGCAAGGUUUAUACCUCCACAGAGAUUAUAUCAGUCUCAAGAAGUUUGUCAUCUCAAAAGAAACUCAUAUAGAUGCUUUUCCUAACAUGUUGACUCCAAUGGAAGAGAAUCUUUAUCUAGUAGAUGGUGGCUUUUCUAUCAAUUCUCCUUUUCCAUUGGUAAUUCAGCCAGAAAGAGAUGUUGAUGUGAUUUUAUCAUUUAAUUAUUCUUGGGAAGCACCAUUUGAGGUCUUGAAGUUAACUCAAAGAUACUGCAGAGAACGUGACAUUCCUUUCCCACCAAUAACUUUUCAUAAAGAAGAUGAAGAAAGUCCUAAGGAAUGUUACAUGUUUAUGGAUGCUGAGAACCCAAAGGCUCCCAUAGUCCUUCACUUCCCUCUGGUGAAUGAUACAUUUCGUAAAUACAAAGAGCCAGGAAUAGAACGUGAAUCGGAAGAGGAAAAGUCCUUUGCUGAUUUUCAAAUUGAAGGAAAAGAUUCACCAUACAGGACACUGAACUUUACCUACACAUCUGAUGAAUUUGACAGACUAGUACAAUUGAAUUGCUAUAAUGUACUGAAUAACAUAGAUGCUAUUUUGAAAGCAUUAAGUCUGGGUUUAAGCAAACGAAAGCUAAAAAGCAGGACCCAAGUGCUUCCUUGAAAACACGUUGAAUUGCAGUUCUUUACAGAAGAUUUAAGAAGGCCUAAUAAACUUACAAAGUAUCCUUUUAUGUGAAUGGAUAUGGCACAUGUAUUUAUUCCACUGGAAUAAAGGUUCCUUUUAUAUAUUGAAGAAAAUCCAGAGACAUAUUAUUAUGUCAGCUGCAGCUAAUUAUUGGAUACAUUAAAGUAUUAUUUAUCCAUAGUUUUUUUCCCCUAGCAGCUCAAUUAAGAUAAUAUUUCUCUUCUCAUGUGAUCUAUAAAGCCUUGUUUUCUACUGGACUGAUAGUUAAAAUAUAAUGAAAACUGACACUUUCUUGUUUCCUGAGCUUCCCAUGAUCAAAAUGCGAAGAAAAUUUGAUUAAGGCGGUUUUCAUGAAUAAGAAAUUCAGUGUAACUAUGAACAAACGUAUUAUGGUUAUGAUUUGUGGAGAUGCUAUUUAUGUUGGAUUAUGGAAUACAACUACUACUCUUAGAAGGUUGAAACCUUUGAAGAAACAUUCAUACUAUCAAAAGUAACGUGUAGCAGAUUGUUAUUUUCAGCCAUUUUUGAUUCUUGAGCAAUUGGGAGAGAAAUCUUGACACUCUUCUUGAAAGUUCCAGGAAAUGACACUUUGCUUUUCAUAAGAAGCCAUAUUUCAUGUUUUCCACAAAGUUUUGUUUAUUUUAUUAAAAA